CAGAGAAAUGGCGACGGAGAUGAGCUGCGUGUGGAUGAGACGAAUCCUGCUAAGACCGAACCCUCCCAUGCCCUCUCAAUUCUUAAACCACUCACCACCGCUUCUCAUUCCUCUCGUCUCCUCCCACCGCCUCUCCUUUUCUACUGCCACCGCCGCUUGCUCUCUCCCCGAUACUCUCGCCACCGUCGACGACGACGCCUCCUCCACUCCUCCGUUUACUUCUCCGAACAAAAGCUCCAAGGUGCUUCUCAAAGGGAUGCGAUACCAUGAGCUUGAGAAAUGGGUUCAAUCACAAGGCUACCGGCCCGGGCAAGCUAUGAUGCUGUGGAAGCGUCUCUACGGGAAUGAUGUAUGGGCGCAUCAUAGUGAUCAGUUGGAAGGUUUGAACAAGGAUUUUAGGAAGAUGUUGAGUGAGAAUGCCGAGUUUAAGGCGUUGUGUUUGAAGGAAAUUGUUACCGCGGCGGAUGGAACUAGGAAGAUUUUAUUCACGUUGGAAGAUGGGAUGGUGAUUGAGACCGUUGUUAUACCUUCCGAUAGUAGGAGGAAUACUGUUUGUGUUUCGAGUCAAGUGGGCUGUGGCAUGAACUGCCAGUUUUGCUACACUGGCAGGAUGGGUCUAAGGAGACAUCUGACUGCUGCUGAGAUUGUAGAACAGGCUGUAUUUGCGCGAUCCCUGCUCACAAGUGAAGUUGGAAAUAUUUCCAAUGUUGUAUUCAUGGGAAUGGGAGAACCACUUCACAACAUUGACAAUGUUAUUAAAGCUGCAGACAUUAUGGUGGAUGAUCAAGGCCUUCAUUUUAGUCCUCGCAAGAUAACUGUUUCAACAAGUGGGCUUGUCCCCCAGCUGAGGCGUUACCUCAGAGAGUCUAAUUGUGCUUUAGCUGUUAGUUUGAAUGCAACUACAGAUGAGGUCAGAAACUGGAUUAUGCCAAUUAACCGAAAGUAUAAUAUAAACCUGCUUCUUCAGACUCUUAAAGAGGAACUUCGCUUCAAGAAUAACUACAAAGUUCUUUUUGAAUAUGUAAUGCUUGCAGGAGUGAAUGACAGCAUUGAGGAUGCAAGAAGGCUUGCUGAUCUCGUUCAGGGCAUUCCAUGCAAGAUCAACCUCAUCUCAUUUAAUCCUCAUAGUGGAUCCCAUUUCAGACCAACCUGUGACGAGAAAAUGAUCGAGUUCAGAAAUUAUUUGGCUGGAGCAGGCCGCGUUGUUUUCAUGCGGCCGAGUAGAGGCGAUGAUCAGAUGGCGGCUUGUGGUCAGCUUGGCAAACCUGGCGAAAUCCAGCUUGCCUUGAAGUUUAUUGACACUGAACAGUUUCAGAGGCUUCGUGACCUGAAGCAACUUGGUCUGACCAACAUGGUUUACCCUGGAGCUGUACAUUCUAGAUUUGAGCAUUCACUUGGGGUGUACUGGCUUGCUGGUGAAGCAAUCAGUAAAAUCAAAACUUACCAAGGCCAGGAGCUUGGAAUUGAAAGCUUUGAUGUCAAGACAGUAAAACUUGCUGGACUACUGCAUGAUAUUGGCCAUGGGCCUUUCAGCCACAUGUUUGAGAGCGGGUUUCUUCCUCUGGUUCAUUCUGGUGCCAAAUGGUCCCAUGAGGAUAUGUCUGUGAGGAUGAUAGACUACAUUGUCGACGAGCACAACAUUGAAAUUGAUUCCGAUGACCUGAAGAGAGUGAAGGAACUGAUCGGCUCUAGCUCUAAACAUGUGGAACACAAUGCUGCUAAAGAAAAGCUGUUCUUGUAUGAUAUUGUUGCGAACGGCCGCACUGGAAUCGAUGUUGACAAGUUUGAUUACAUUGAACGUGACUCUCGUGCCUGUGGCCUAGGCUGUAAUUUUCACUUUGAGAGGCUGAUGGAAACUAUGCGAGUUAUGGGAAAUGAGAUAUGUUACCGUGCUAGUGAAUAUCUGACAAUUAACAAGCUGUUUAUGACUCGGGCUGAUCUGCAUCGGACUGUCUACACACAUGCAAAAGUGAAGGCUAUGGAACUCAUGGUUGUUGAUGCCCUGUGCAAAGCAAAUGCUGAACUUGGGAUUGCGGACUCCAUCCAAAGACCAUCUGAAUUUUGGAAGUUAGAUGAUUCCAUUCUGAAAAUAAUUGAAACGUCUGAUAAGCCUGAACUGAAGGAGGCAAAAGAUUUGAUCUCACGCAUUCGGAGAAGGGAUCUGUACCAGUUCUGCAAUGAGUACAUUGUUCCAAAGGACCAGCUAGAAAACUUCAAGGACGUAACACCCAAAGAUAUAGUUUGUUCUCAGAAAUCUGGUGGUGUUACGGUAAAGGAGGAAGAUGUGGCUGUGGUCACUGUGAAAAUUGAUUUGACUAAUGGCAGGAAAAACCCUCUUGAUAGGUACCUGAAUGGUUUCUAUCAGGACUAUGAGAGUAAUGAAAAAUUCGGUAUCAAAGCUGAUCAAUUGAGUAACUUGCUUCCUACAUGUUAUCAAGACAAGAUAGUCAGGGUCUACUCCAAGAAGCCGGGCCUGGUUGCGGCAGUUGCAGAAGCUUUCGAGGAGUUUCAGGUGAAGACAUAUGGGAAGAAGACACAAGUACAUGCAACUCCGGAGAAGAAGAAACGAAGAGUCUCAUGA